GCUGCCAGAAAAUUAAAAUCUGAAAAGUUAAAGAAAUUAGGUAAUUGGGUCGCUGACCAGUCGCAAAACCUUUUAGGUGAAGAUAAUGAAAUAUCUAUGCAGCUAAAAGAUUUUAAAGGUCAGUUGAAUGGCGAAGAGUUUAAAUUAAAUUCACUUAAAGAAAAGGAGAAACAGCCAGAAUAUCCACCAAUUGAGGCGCCGCCGAUUAAUUCAGCACCUGCGCCAUCACCAGCACCAGCGCCAGUAACUGCAGUCGCACCAUAUGACCCUGGCGGUUAUGGAAGACCUUUUGACCCCAAAACAGGAGGUUCUAAUUGGUUUCAUUACGGUCGAAGAUAUAUUUUAGCUAAAAUCGCAAAAGCAAAGAAACUGUUAAAAACUAAAAAGAAACCAAGAGUUUUAAAGUAA